AUGACCUUCUAUUUUCCCAACUUUGCCAUUCUCUUCAUCAAACCCCAGGGGCUGAGAAGGCAGCGGAAAGGGCACCAGGAGAACCGCCUUAGCCUGUCCGCCUCCUUCGAGGCGCUCGCCAUCUACUUCCCGUGCAUGAACUCCUUCGACGAUGAGGAUGCAGCAGACAGCCGGAGGCUGAAGGGUGCCAUUCAGAGGAGCACAGAGACAGGCCUGGCCGUGGAGAUGCCCAGCCGGACGCUGCGCCAAGCCAGCCACGAGUCCAUCGAAGACAGCAUGAAUAGCUAUGGCUCGGAGGGCAAUCUUAACUAUGGAGGUGUUUGCCUGGCUUCAGAUGCCCAGUUCAGUGACUUCCUGGGGAGCAUGGGGCCAGCACAGUUUGUGGGCCGCCAGACCCUGGCGACCACACCCAUGGGAGAUGUGGAGAUUGGCUUGCAAGAGCGGAACGGCCAGCUGGAAGUGGACAUCAUCCAGGCCCGGGGACUGACUGCCAAGCCAGGCUCCAAGACACUGCCAGCUGCCUAUAUCAAGGCCUAUCUGCUGGAGAAUGGUGUCUGUAUCGCCAAGAAGAAGACCAAAGUGGCCCGCAAGUCACUGGACCCGCUGUACAACCAGGUGCUGCUGUUUCCUGAGAGUCCGCAGGGCAAAGUACUGCAGGUGAUUGUGUGGGGCAACUACGGGCGGAUGGAGCGGAAGCAGUUCAUGGGUGUGGCCCGAGUGCUGCUGGAGGAGCUGGACCUGAGCAGCCUGGCCGUGGGCUGGUACAAGCUCUUCCCCACCUCCUCCAUGGUGGACCCAGCCACAGGUCCUCUGCUCCGGCAGGCAUCCCAGCUGUCCCUUGAGAGCACCGUGGGGCCCUGUGGCGAGAGAUCUUAA